AUGACUUUUGUAGUGAGACCUUGCACGUCGACCGAUGACGUUGAAACUGUCGGCACAGCAGAUAUUGGGGAUGUUAUAAUCGAAGACGGAGAUGAUAAAUGGGUGGUAGUAUCGGUCUGCAUCGUAAUAGACCCAGCAGAAGAACCUGCGGGUAGCGUGCCACUUGCGGGGUUCGAUAUAGAAGACGAGGAAGCUAGCCGAGUUGAUGUACUACUGCCAGAAGUAGUGGCUGAGAUAACGCUUGAUGAUUCGGGCAAUAGUGGCGAAGAUGACGAUGAAGAGCUUGUCAGCCGGCUACUGGAUGAAGAUGUUGUGUUCAUGGGUGGCACCAAACUGCUGAACAUACUCGGCGAAGUCGCGCCCGGCACCCCACCAGUUGUUGUGCUCGUUGAAAUUCUGCUUCUUGAGGACGAGGAUGACAAGAUAGAAGUACUGCUCGAAGACGUAUUUAGCGAGCUCGUUGAUGAUGACACGGUUGGUAAGACUGAGGUUGCAAGCGUCCCUGUUGAGCUUGGUAUAGUUGCACUUGACGAUGAAGAUGCCGACGACGCCACUGUUAUCGACAAUGUAGCCCAAGAACUAGAAGCAGCUAGGCUCGAGCUACUCGAGCUGAAGGAAGUCAUCGAUGGUAUUCCUGCGCUACUGGCCCCUGGACUUUGUGGUGCAGAAGACGACGGCCAAGUGAAUAUGCUUGAGCUCGGCGCAGAAGAGGUCCCCGCACUACUUGUCGAUGAAACAGGAACACUUAAGCUCGAGGCACUUGAAGCCAGGGUAGAAGAAACUAUGGCCGGCGCAGAUGUCGUGGAUAGCUGA